AUGAGUAGCUCAAUAUUAGGCCAGUUGGUUCGAAGUGUUGAGCCAGAAAUGACCGAUGUUUCGCCCGCUGACAUCUCCACCUGUAUAACAUUGAAGAACGAUAAAAGAGUCGCCUUAAUUAUUGAUAAAUUUGUGGUAAGUCUUUGAUUAUUCAAAAAAUCUUGUACCUCCAACACGAAGUAUAUAAAUCUUUUUAAGGAAGGAGAUAAAGGUGGAGGUUUGUUCAAAGACUUCAAGAAAGACUCCAAGGAUGAUGAGGCAGUUGUAGUGGAGAUAGUGGAGCUGAUGAAGAAGGUUGAAGGACAGGUUUGUUUUCAGUAUUCUUUAUUAUUUUGUGUUUAGAGAGACUUGGAGUUAUGCAUCAAUGCAAUGGUCACAUACUUUUUACAUAGUACAAGGCAUCUCGUUGAGAUUGACAAUAUUGUAACCAAAGUUUUGUUCGCUUUGCACAAAAAAAGUGUUGCUCCUGUACUGUAAGUCAUUGAUCGCUGGUAGCUUUGGACAGAUUUGUUGUCUUUUUAGUGCUAUUGCAUAUGGGAUGAUUAAUUCGUUGGAUAUUGUCCGUUUUCAAGUCCCUAUCAACCCUAUCAAAAUUGAUUUUGUUCGGGACCACCUCAAAGAGAUCGAUUAUAAGGGCAUGAGGGAAAUCCUGAAGUUGGUUUUGGUCGAGAAAUUGGACCGUGGUUUGAAACAGCACGCUAAAUUGGAAGGAUGCCAAGUUGUGCAGUUGCUUCCUUUGGAGAAGUUGACAAUCGAAUUGCUGGAUCGGUAUAACAACUUUUACCCAAGUCUCUUUAUCAUUACCGAAGUCUGCAGGAUAUUCCCAACGUCUGCUGUCCAUAAAUUACCUGUAAGUGACUGUCAACCUAAUUUAGGUAUAUAUAAUAUAUACAGGGUGGGCCACUCGAAACGGGUAAGUUUUUUCUUUGAAUUUCUCCGCGGAGACACCGGCGAUUUUUCUAAAAUUUAGAUUUUUCUGGAGCUGAGACCCGCCAUUUUUUACCGGUUUUUUUUUUGAAAGUUCGUACCUUAACGGUAACGCAAACAACACUAUUUUUGCUUUCAAUUUUCCUUAAACAAGUUUAGAGAGAGCAUACGCAAUUUUUUACUUCCCGAUUUUACCAAAAAAAGCCAAAAAUUUUCCAAGUCCGAGAAAGUCAAUUGAAAAUCAUUCCAAAAAUUUUCAAAGUUUUAGCGGUUUCGGCUCGAAAAUAAUUCUUCAAAACUUUGGGAAGGCAUAGAAAGGUCAAUUCAAAGUAUAUUUUUUUCAAAUUCAACCGGUUAAAAAUGGCGGGUCUCAGCUACAGAGAAAUCUAAAUUUCGGGAAAAUCGGCGGAGUCUCCGCGGAGAAAUCCAAAGAAAAAACUUACCCGUUUCGAGUGGCCCACCCUGUACGAUAAAGAAUGCAAUAUUCGUUGUGUUUUAGAGACUUUCCGAGAAGAUCCGGAAUGUUGUCGCUUCCUUCAGAACCCUUGCAGAUGUCACAACCUUUAUUGGGAGACCGUGGGCCUAUCCGGUAACAUCCAUGUUAACUUACUCUUCAUAUGGGAAUACAUGGAGGUUCAGCGAACACGGAUAUAGAAAUUCCAAAACCCAUCUUCCGUACAACACUCUCUUUGUUGUCGCUCAAGCUUAUCCACUGUACAUGAUAAUGAAGCAACCAAGGAGUCAGAGUUGUCUGAAUGUAAGUUGUCGUUGUCACUUUUUUAUUUUUAGAAUUUGUCCAAUAAAAGUAAAGAAAAGAAGAUUGUAAUGUGCGAUGAAAUGUUGGACAUCCUUAUAAUGGAAGCUAUGUGUGCCACAGAGAAUACGAAAAGGAAAGUAAUGAGUGAUGAAGUGCAAUAUAAUUGGAGACACAUAAUGCAUCUGUGUAAUUACACCAUCUCUCAUAAAUAUGGAUCAUUCCCGGAACUUUUGAAGCUUCUCAAAGACCAUUUUAAUGCUCAUCAGUCCAACUUUAAGAAAUCCAAGGGAGAGUUGAUGUGGUUGAUUUUGCAGUGUGUUUCUCUUUCCAAACGACAAUUCCCUAAGGAUGAGAGUAAGUUUAAGACUGUGAUUGUUAAUAUUGUUUAGUUACCGAGAUCUUCAAUAUUCUCUAUGCCGAAGAUAUUGCCUGGAGCGGAUCUAGUGCCGAUGCUUUUGAUUUGGUCAGAUUCUUUGUUCCGGCUGCAAUUUGGAUGAAUAUGGCCAAAGAAAAUAACCCCCCGGCAAUUUUGACUAAUGGCAUUAAUUAUCUAAAGGAACAUGUCAGCUUGGCCCAAGACGAUGGACUCCUGGCUUGUUGUGCCAAUGCCUGUAAGUUUUAUUUUUCUCAAUAGUGUUUUUAUUUUUAGAUUGCAAUGAUGAAACUGUGUUCAAUACCGAAGUUUGCACUCAAAUUAUGAAAAAGAUAAAUUCUGUGAAAGGAGUGUAUGAACUUCCAUUUAAACAUCAAUGCCCAGCGUCUUUAGAAGGUCUUGAGACAAGUUUUCUGGAUCUUCUGACAGCUUCAGCGAGAAAUCAGCUGUUUACUUACAUGUUGUUUCAUUUCGUGAACACUUCCAAUUCUCAGCAGUAUCCAUCUCCAGCCAUAGUUGGUAUGUUCGGUACUUUAUUUAUUUUUAUUUUAAUCAAUUAUAAUUUCUAAUUUAUGGUUAAUUUCAGAAUCUCUGACUAAGAUUUUGCUGAGUUCGGACCACUUGAACAUAAAGAAUUCAAGCAGUGUUCUGUUCGCCUUCCUGACCAAAUGCACAGCUCCGGCCGAUAGAUUUUCGUUUAUCUUCUAUGACAUCAUGGCCUAUCGUUUCAAGAAUAUAACCGCUUUUCUGACCGGUCCCUUUAUGUUCAGGAUCCAAUUGUUCGGGAGAGCCCAUGAUCUUCUUCCUCCGUUAACCAGUCCAGCAUCCCUCAAACUUCCUCAGUAUGUGCUGAUGGAGCAAGUGAUUCUCAGACAGCUGAUGACGGCCCCCUGCUUUGAUAUUAUCCCCUGUAUUAUGUCGCUGAAAAAAAUUCGUAAGUCAUCACAUUAUAUGUUGAUGUAAUCGCAUUCUUGGCAGGUAUAAAUCUGUUCUUACCCAGCGAGAAGUUUGGUCAAGAGUUGAUUUUAUGUCCGGAGAUCGUAAAACUGAUCGUAACUCAGUUCAUCAUGUCCAUCAAGUUGAUUGGUAUGCAUUUGUUUUUAGUGGGAGUUAUUAAUUGUUUAGCCGAUUGCGAUGGAACUACAAACCUCCAUUACCACAUCGAUUUAAUCAAGGAGACCUUCCGAUUUCCUGAAUGCACCGCCAAAUGGUUACCGGCUUGUCUGAAAGAGGUCACAUACGAACAAGCGAUGGAUAUUGAAGAUGUAAAUGCUAUGGAUAGAGCAGCGGAUGCCGAGAUUCACCAAUUAGGCAACAUGCAGACACAGCCUCAGUGCACCCAGAACACUUUGGUGAUUUUGUUCAAGGCGGGUGCUCAAGGAAUCCAACUUCCAGUCACGAUCUUCAAGUAAGAACUUUUUAGAUCAUCAUCUGUUUUUAGAAUGGUAAAAUCGAUGACAAUAUACGAACUGACGGUGAGUCUAAAUCGACUGGUCGAUUAUGUCAUUCUCAAAUGUAAAAACGCGACAUCGGACAGUGAGAUCGAGAAGAUGAUGACCGUUCUCAAUCAGAUGAUCUUUGUGAGGCCCGGGAUUCCUGUCGAGAGAUUUCUGUUGGCCCUGAUUGUACAUCCCAACGACAACAAAUCUAUCAAGUUGGCCUUGAUCCUUCUCCACACUUUCUUGAGCAAAGGCGAGAGCAAUGAAUUGGCACAGAGAUUGGUCUAUCUGUAUAGUUAUGUCCCUUCAACCCACAGUUAUUUCACUUACAAGUCUGCAGACUUCUUUGCCAAACAAGCAGAAUAUAAUAGAGUAAGGAUUGUAACAUGUCGAGUACUCUGUAAAGCAGGAUGCGUUAUUUAAUUUGGGGUUUGUAGAAACAUUUUGAUUAUGCGGAUCCGCGAAUGGAUGGAAUAUCCGAGAACGAGAUCAACUCCGAAACACCAGUGUUAAUGUAUUACAGUAAUCUGGCAGAGAGAUUGGUCCCGUUGGUCGACUUUCUCUUCAUGCGAUGCUUCGAAGUCGGCAUGGAUGGGAUGAUUAUUGAUGGCCUGGCCAAGUUCUUGGCUCCGUUGUAUCGGUAUCACCGUAAGUUUGAUGUAUUGGAAUAAAUUCUACGUUUUCCAGCUGCUCCAAUCACCUCCUUGUAUAAGAUGGUCUUUGUUCUCGAAAAGAAUUUCAAAUCCUCGGAUAUGGUGAGCUUUGUAAAGACCGUUGGAAAGUUACUGGACGAUGAUAGGCAGUCGAAGUAUCCAUAUCUGACUGCUGAAUUCAUCCACAACAAUCAUUCAGUAAGUUUCAGUGUUAUUUUUUUAUGUUUCUUCAUAGGAAGCUCCGAUUAAGAUAUGUGAGGAGAUUGUAAACCGAGUAUCGGCCGCCUCGACUUACAUCCACGAGCCUCCAGACUUUGUCUGUCAUGAUUGGCGCCUUGCCGAGUUUCCUCCAGCUGCUCAGGCAGUCACUGCUGGAUGUCUGGAGCUGAUGAUAUCUCCUAAAAGCAGCAAGAAGAUCGUGGAGGGAUUGGUUGGUUGUAUGUUCCUUCGUCCAAUCAAUCGGCCAUAUGACAGACUCAACUCAAUUGCCUUGAUCCUAACCCAUCUUCCCAAACACUAUCAAGAGCAUUUCUACAAGAUCGUCGAGAAGUCAUUUGAGUGGCCAGAACUUCUCUCCAAGAGUCCUGAUUACAUGUUAUCCUCAUUCAACAUCGAAAUCAUGCAAUAUAGAGACGACAGGAUGAUAACAUUGCUGGCCCUUGUCCACUCAUUCAUCCAGCAUGCCUGUUGUGACAGCCUUGCCCAUUUCUGUAAUUUCAUUCAACAAAAUCUUGCACCCAAGGUCAACAACGAGACUCAACUAAUCUAUUUCCUUCGUAUCUUGGCUGUUUAUCUCAGCAAAGUGCAUGAUAGGGAAGAGACCAGCAAAAAGGAGUGGAGCAAGGCCUAUCUGCAUCUGAUUAUCACCAUCUACGAUAUGAUCCCCAGGAUAUUAAAAACAGUUUCCGAAUUAAAAUACGAGGACCUUGUGUGUGAUCUGUUAUAUCAAUUCAAAUACACAGUGACGGGAUUCAGUGUUACUAGAGAAACCGAAGAGGCAAUCAGCCGUUUCCCGAAGUCGAUGCAACAUAAAUUGAAGUUCCUCCAGACCCAAGGUGUGAUGGAUAUGAGUGAUCGUCUCAACAAAUCCAUUCCUCAUGCCAGCCUGAUCCAAGUUUUGCAUCAAUGGCAGGUGACCGUACCCUCUCUGGCUGAAUAUAACGCAAUGAAAGCUGAAGGUCGCAAUCCUUUCGGAUCUCAAUCUCGUCUUCAUCCAGGAAUGCCUCUUAAUCCACAGAUGGGCAUGCCCGCUCCUCCAUUGCCACAGCAGAUUCCAAAUCAAGGCGGCCCCGCACCGUCAAUGGGACAAGCCGGGCUUCCUCAGCAAGCUCAUAUUACACCUCAGGCGAAUCAGCCAUUCCAAAAUGGAGCUGGAUAUCAUCAACAACCACCCCAAGGUCAGAUGGGGAUGCCAGGAGUGGAGAAUCCACCUGGAUUCCCGAAUAAUCACAUGAAUCCCAACAUAAACUCUCAGCAUUUUGGACGACCGCCUAAUCUAAUCCCUGCUUCCCAUGGCCAAGUGCAUCCAGGUGGGCAAGCACAACAUGGACCGGUUCCAGGCGUAUCGGGUACGGGCGGGCAUUUCCCACCUCAAGUAAUUCCCGGAGGACAAUAUGGCCAAAUGGCGAUGAGGACGGCCCCGAAUAUGCCUCCGCCAUAUUAUUCUCAAGAAAUGGGAGGUGCUCCCUCGCACAGUAUGGAUCCUACUCAUUCAAAUCAAAACAGAGGUGGACAAUUUGUUCCGGGACAAAUUCCCGGAAAUCUAGGGCAAAUACCCGCAGGGCCCAAUCAAGGAUGGCAUCCGCAGAAUAUUAUGAUGUACCAGAACCAACCUCCUAUGACGUCGGGCAUGCCUAUGAACAUGCCCAAUCAGCAACUUCAUAGCAUGCCGCCUUUCGGUCAGGGCCCACAAAGGAUGAAUUGA